AUGGAUCCGAGUUCACUGUUUCAAGGAGAGGUCCCAGAAAAUAUGGUGAAGGUUCAAGAGGUUAUUGUUAUGGUGGAGGAAUUCAAGGGGCUGUUUGAGAAAAGCAGAGAAAAAGUGGUGACUUUGUUUCCCGAAGGUGUCGAACCAGUUCCUUGGCUUUUCAAUUCAAGAAUAGUCUUCAAGAGGCUUAACGCGUAUUUACAAAGGCUUAAAGUUAUCAGUGAGUUUUUCGAAAUAGCGCUGGAGUAUUCUAAACUGGAGAAAGUAGAGAUCGGAGGUUUGAACGGAAAACACAUCAGUACGAAGGUGUUUGCCGUUUUUGACGAGUUCAACAUGGCGUUCAACGUAUUCAGAAGCGUUUCGUACAACCCGGCUGAACCGGAGGACACUGCGUUCCUCUCCGACUACAAAGUGUUCAAAGAGAAAGUGCUGGAUCUGGACAGAAGGAUGGCGGCGCUCUCUAGUCAAGCUUUCAACGAGUGUCACAAUUUUGAAUCCAUCUUUAAGAUGAUAAAUGUGUGGGACACGAUGCUCAAACGUCCGAUCAUCCAGACAGAAAUCACACCCAAGUACAGUGUCAUCAUAGACAUGCUUAAUGAUGAACUGGACAUCAUCAAGACACUGUACAACGAUCAGUUGAAGUACUACGAGGAGACGGGGUUCAUGGAGGUGGAUAGAAACUGGCCGCCAGUAGCCGGGGGACUGGUGUGGAUAUUGAAGAUGGCCAACAGAGUGUCCGGGCCAGUGGAGAGCUUUAAACAGUUUGAGAACUCGUAAGUAGCACAUUGUGGUUUAAAUAGGAUUAAUCUUAUUUUAGUUUCAGUUUAUGGAAUUUUCCUACGCUAAGUAUUUGCCCACAC